AUGGACAGCAGGUGGGCGGCUUCCAGGCGUGUCGCGGCCUCGCAGGUAACGGUACCUUUCGGAUGGCAGCUGAUGCAAUACCCGUCCGCCACCCGUGAGGAGGUGCGAGCCAUUGCUUUUGCAGCGUUACGGCGGUUGUUAUAUCCCAUUGCUCGUCGAUAUAUUGCCAGGUGGUAUCGGGAACGAGUCGCGAGGGAUAUGAGCAAGGAGGUGAAAAUGGAACCGUUGCUUUUCAGGGCUCUCAGGCAGCGUUCCGUGUUGGGUUCCUGCCUAAAAAAAUCCAACGCGGUGGAUGAACUAGAGAAUAACAACGAGCAACUCAAGAGGCUACUGGAUUCUAUAAGCUAUAGAGUAUAUCUACGAGGUGAGUUUAUCCAGUACAGCAGAGAACCCUCAAACGCGGUAGUAUUCGUGGCGAAAGGUAUUGUUAAGAAAUGCUCAACUGUUAGCCAAACUAGAGGGAGGGUGUCACACGAUAGGAGGUUGUCUAGUUCUCACGUGGAAGUCUCUAUCACGUACGAUGACGACGAGGGUCCUAUUGUUGCUACGCCAUCGACUCAGUGCAGUGAAAAAAUGAGUGUAGGAAGUAUUGAGUCUGAGGCUCUGCGAACUCAGAGGAACACGUUGUUGUCUGCCCCGACUAUACUUGGGGAAUGCUCUGCUGUAGGGAGUUUUCCCUGUACGGAGUACUUACUGGCGGAGUCUUCUGUAGUGUUGAUUGGAUGGAUACCAAAAAGCGCCUACUGCACCCUGCUAGGAUCGUUUCCCCCGCAGAUUCACAGAUCUCUUCUUAUGAAAGCACUCGAGACGAGGGAGCGGCUGCUCCCGCACUUUGGAUGUAUGACAUGCAACCGUAUGCGAAUCUGCCCACUGCUGGUGUCACUCAGCGAUAGAGAUUUGUUGCAGUUGAUGGAGCAUCUCGUGCCUCGUGUAAGGCCCGCUGGUGUGCAAAUAGGAGAACGGGAAGCUCCCCGACACAUAUUCUUUAUUUGGCGUGGCGUAGUGUGCCUCCAGCAGGAGGAGGCGGUUAUUCCCAUGGGCGGUGCUCCUCCGUCACAACCAAGGAGCCGCACAUUAUUUUCGGAAGGACAUACCUUUGGCGAAUGGCAGUGCAUGUUCCAUGAGGGACUAGGCGAUAAAUUUUUUACCCUGACCAAUGUGGACCUCUACCUUCUGCCGUUUUCUGUUCUUUCUUCGUUCAUGAAACGGGAUCAAAAUAUCCGACAACAGAUUCAUCGCGCUGCUAAAGUCAUCAGUCUGACUGCCGAUAAGUGCUUUGACGGGAUGCGUUUCGUUCCUCCUUCUCUCGAUGUACUCAAAACUGUCGUUUUGAGCCCCUCACAGGUGCCUAAGUUGAUACAACGCGGGCAAGGUGCUGCAGGUGUUUUCAGUAAACGUGUUACAAUUGCCAACAAUUCCAUCGCCAGCCAUGUCUUCCGACCGCGCGAUAACAAAACAGACCGAGUGAAUGUUUCACCAUUUUUUAUAGAGCAGUUGCGGAAAAUGCCGUUGGUGGGUCUCUGCGGUCCCCAUGACAGCUUCUAUACGGAUUGCGCAGCACGUUUUAAAUUGAUGAGAUACGAAGCGGGGCAAUGCAUCGUGGAGCGUGGAAGUGAGUGCAACUCCGUCAUUCUUUUCUGCCAAGGCGGUGCAGUUGUAGUGGAAGACGAAGGUGUAGUGCAACGUAAUGCGGAAGGCACUGUGCAGGCAAGGGAGUGGGCGAGUCUGCCACGCGUUCCUGAUGGAAGCAUCGUUGGCUACACCUGUGUGCGACGUCACCCGUGGACGUGUAGCAUUGUUGCACCUGAUGAUGGAACAGAAGUGUGGGAGCUCAACCGAGUCAAUUUCGUAGACGUGCUCCGUAAGCAUAGAAUAGAGCGACAAAUGCACGAACUCGUGUUACAGCUCAUGCAACCGCUUAGUUCAGUGGAAACCCGAGACCCGUUGCUGGACACGCAGCCGCUUUUGACCCCAUCACCAAACUCAUUGUGGAGCGAGUACCGGUUGCCCAACAUGCAUCCAGUUAUUCUAUCCGAGACGCCACGCUUUCCCAUAUGGAAAGAGGAUGAAACAAUGUUGGAGGCAACUCCUCAGUGGCGGCGGUCGAGUGUGGUGUAA